AUGGUUAAGCAGGUAUUUCUGCCGAAGGGGAGGUUCACAGAGGCUUGGUCCAUGCCUAACGCAGAUACGCAAUGCACAAUAGGUGGGGGAAGAGGAGGCCAAAGGGCAGAUAAAACCUUGAAAGUUUACAUUUUUCUUGCCCAAAAAAAUACAAGUUUUAUUUUACAAACCAAAUCUGCUAGUUUGCCUGGCAUACUACAGCCUCCAAAUAGCCUCCACAAAGAACCCAACUUCCUCUGUAAGACAGUAAAAACUGAACGCUCCCUUCUCGGCUUACAAGGACAACCUGGAGAGGUUUCUCGGUUUCCAGCCCGCUUCUAG